AUGAGCGCGUCCGUGGCCGUGUACCGGAACAUUUACACCGAGGACCGCUUCAAGCAGGCGUACGGCUCGGACGACAGCGGCAGCGGCGGCGCGAGGCUCCGGGAGCGGCUCCUGCUCCGGUGCAGGUGUUCGAGGCUCUCCUGGCUCCACCUGUUGAGGCAGAGGGUGCCUGUUUUCAGCUGGCUGCCCCGGUACAGGCUCAAGAAAUGGAUUCUAGGAGACACCAUAGCCGGGCUGACUGUCGGGAUCCUGCAUAUCCCUCAAGGCAUGGCGUUUGCUUUACUCACAUCAGUGGCUCCAAUAUUUGGACUCUACACCUCCUUCUUCCCUGUUGUCCUGUACAUGAUUUUCGGGACAGGUCGCCACGUGUCCACAGGUACCUUUGCUGUAGUGAGUCUGAUGACCGGCUCCGUGGUGGAGCAGCUGGUUCCUACUCCUCUGGGGAUGAACUCAAGUUCACCGGAGGCGGCUGACUUUGAGGCCCAGAGGAUCGGAGUCGCCUCGGCUGUUGCACUUCUGUCAGGACUCAUCAUGCUCUGCAUGUUCACGCUCCAGCUGGGCUUCCUCUCCACAUACCUGUCUGAGCCAAUCGUUAAGGCUUUCACCAGCGCCGCUGCCUUCCACGUCACCGUCUCACAGCUGCAAAGCAUGCUGGGCCUUCGCCUGCCUCGCCACACGGGGACCUUCUCCCUCUUUAAGACUUUGGCGUCGGUGAUGGAGAACCUGCCUCACACCAACAUGGCCGAGCUGCUCAUGUCUCUGCUGUGUCUGGCCGUCUUGGUCCCAGUGAAGGAGAUUAACAUGCGCUUCCGGCAGCGCCUGCGCACGCCCAUCCCCGUGGAGAUCCUGACAGUGAUUAUUGCUACAGGCGUGGCCUACGCUGCCUCCCUGGACUCUGCCUACAGCAUUGAGAUUGUCGGUCACAUCCCUGCAGGAUUCCCAAAACCACAGAUGCCGUCCAUUCAGACCUUCCCUGCUAUUGCUGGAGACACAGUCGCCAUCACUUUUGUUGGUUAUGCUGUUUCUGUCUCAUUGGCAAUGAUUUAUGCAGAUAAACAUGGUUAUUCCAUACAUCCAAACCAGGAGCUGCUGGCUCAUGGCAUCUCCAACACAGUCUCUUCCUUUUUCACAUGCUUUCCCAGCUCAGCCACUCUGGCCACAACCAACAUACUGGAGAGCGCAGGAGGAUACACACAGCUGUCUGGCUUGUUCACCAGCCUGGUUGUUCUGAUUGUCCUGCUGCUGAUCGGGCCGCUCUUCUACUUCUUACCCAAGGCAGUGCUGGCAUGCAUCAACGUCACCAGCCUCAGGCAGAUGUUCCUGCAGUUCCAGGACCUGCCAGAGCUGUGGAGAGUCAGCAAGAUUGACUUUAUGGUUUGGGUUGUGACCUGGCUCUCCGUGGUGGUACUCAACGUGGACCUUGGCCUUGCGAUCGGGGUGGUCUUCUCGAUGAUGACCGUCAUCUGCCGCACACAGAGGGCCGGCUGUUCAGUCCUCGGCAGAGCCAACAACACUGAAAUUUACAGACCUCUAGAGAAACACAGCAAGUGUUAUGAAGUGCCUGGCGUGAAGAUCCUGACGUACAACGGACCCAUUUACUACGGCAACCGUAGCUUCUUCAGGGAGGAAAUGAGCAGGCUGCUGGGCCUGACGCCAGAGAAGAUCCGCAGUCGAGAGAAAUUCAGGAAGGCGCUGGAGAAACGGGAGCGGGAAACCGCCGUCAACACGGUGGAGGGAGGAAUCGCAAACACAUCGUUUUCCUCAGAAAAUGAAUUCUUCAAAUCGGAAGCCUCAGAGAGUGACGUCCAGGCGGUGCUGAUCGACUGCAGCAGUGUGAUCUUCGUUGAUGUUGCCGGAGCGAGACUCUUCACACAGAUUUGUACUGAGUGCCAGAAAAUAGGAGUCCAUGUGUAUUUGGCAAACUGCAAUGAGAGCGUCCUGAAGAUCCUCACAUCCAGCGGCCUCAUGAACUACAUGAACCCACAGCAUAUUUUCGUCACUGUCCACGACGCUGUGAUGUAUAUUCAGCAGCAGAAGGAAAAACCUCCGGAGAGCAACACGACAGUCUGGGUGUGAGAAGGGAAGGCGCCGACGAGUCAUGCUGAUCAUUUUACUCCUAAACUGUUACUGAAGCUGUAGCCUGUGUAGCACAGCUUUUGCAGUGUUACCACUUUCCUUUGAGCUUUCAGAACACAGU